CGGCGAGUUCCCUUCGAUCUUUUUUUUCCUUUUUUUUAAAGGGCUGCGACGAUGGCCAAGGCAUCCCGCUACGGGGAUCUUUGCAGGGCGGAGUUGAGGUUGGAGUAUCUGCAUGCAAACUCCACCACGCAUGACUUUCUCUUUGGAGCCGUUGCUGAACUGAUUGACAAUUCCCGAGAUGCUGGUGCCACCAGACUUGAUAUAUUUACUGUGAAUAAUGAGAAUCUGCAAGGAGGAUUCAUGUUAUGCUUUCUGGAUAAUGGAUGUGGCAUGACCCCUCGAGAAGCUACAGAUCUGGUUUAUUUUGGAAGAUCUUCUAAGCGGACCAUACCUAAGAUGAUUGGACACUAUGGCAAUGGGCUUAAAUCAGGGUCUAUGCGUAUAGGGAAAGACUUCAUAUUAUUCACCAAGAAAGAGAACAUCAUGACGUGUCUUCUUUUCUCUCGGACAUUCUGCGAAAGAGAAGGUCUCAAUGAGAUCAUAGUCCCAAUACCUUCAUGGUCAAGUAGUACAAGAAAUCCAAUAAUUGAUGACCCUCAGAAAUUUGCCACACAGUUGUCCAUAAUUUGCAAAUAUGCUCCUUUUAACACUGAAGCUGAACUGUUGAAGCAGUUUGAUGCCAUCUAUGGGGAAAGUGGAACUUUGGUGGUAAUAUACAAUUUGAAAUUCGCACUCAGUGGUGAGCCAGAAUUUGAUGUUUGGACAGAUGAAGCAGAUCUGUUGAUUGCUGGAGCACCUGAGAGCCUUCCAGAACAACGGUCGCUGAGAGCCUAUACUGCUAUAUUGUACUUUGACCCACGCAUGCGGAUAUUCAUUCAAGCCAAGAAAGUAGAAACCAAACGCUUGCCUUAUUGCUUUUACAGACCCAGGAAGUAUCCAUAUAUUUCAUCUUCAUUCAAAGAAGUUGCCAGAAAUGAAUUGCAAAAAGCAGAAAUGGAAGUGAAGACUGCUGAAGAUACUGUGAAGGAAGCAAAGUGCACACUAAAACGUUGGCAGGACUCUCUUUUUCAUGAAAACAGUGAGUUUGCUCAGGGAGCAUUACUGGAUGCCAUAGAAAAUGAAAAGAGAAUGAGGGGGAAAUUUGCAGAGAAACAAAGAAAUUUGAGACAGCCAAAAAAGCUCUUCUUAAUAUUUGGAAUUAACAUUCAAAAUAGAUGUCAAGAUGGAAUGCUUAUCUACAGCAAUAAUCGCUUGAUCCAGAUGUUUGAGAAAGCGGGACCACAGCAGAAAAGAGAAUCUUACUUUGGCGCUGGAGCUAUAGGAAUGGUAGAUGUGCCCUUAGAAAUUAUGGAGCCAACACACAACAAGCAGGCCUUUGCCAAUGUUAAGGAAUAUAAUCACUUAUUGAAAUCAAUGGGACAGUAUCUUGUUCAGUACUGGAAAGACAUAGGAAUAAGUCAAAGAGGAGAAACUUUGUUCUGGAAUGACUUUGGAUAUCUAAAUGACAAAUGGAAUGAGAAACCUUCAGAUACAAUUCAGUACAAGAGAAGGCGGGCAGUGGAAAUUCCCGACAUUGUUCAGUGUGAUAUUUGCCUUAAAUGGAGACUCCUGUCAUUCGACACCGAUAUAAAUAAUGGAGGACAUCAUGGCAUCUGGAAUUGUGCAAAGAGCCCUAACCCUCUAGAAAAUAAGUGUAAUAUACCAGAACGUUUGCCCUCCAUCCCUUUGGGCACUUUCAACCCACCAUCACGGUCAGUGAAGGACAGACAAAAGCUACUAAUAGAUUCCAUUCAGCAACGUAAAAGGAAGCUGGAAUACCUAUCUCAAAAACUUCACUUGAUACAGCCACAUACAAUUGUCCAGCAUACAGAUAACAGCAAAACACCUGCUAAGAAUAAAAAUGAGAAUGUCAAGAAGAGAGUGUGCCGAAGGAAAGCCUUUUAUAAAGAUCCAUCUCCAGCCUGCAGACUUUUGAUUAAAAGUGGUACAAAUAAAGGACGCAUACAAAACUCGAGCCAUCAAAAGCAGCCACCCGCGAAGCAAAAGACUCUCUCUAGGGGGAAACAGCAUCCUUGUCAGGAAGAGGAAUAUUCCCUUGCCAUGCUGGAGGAUAGGAAGGAUCACAAUAUGUCAAUGGUGUUACCUCUGAAAAAACAAGAUGAACAGCCAUAUAAUGAAAAACUUGAGGUCAUCAAAAUAGAAACAGAUAGCGAGCCAGAAGUUAUUUGUGUUGUAAUAUCUGAUAGUGAUACUGAAGAUUUGCCAAAAUAUGAAGAAUAUGAUGACUUUGCAGUCAUGCACAAAGAGGAAAAAAGUGAGGAAAACGGAGACAGUUGCUUCAGUCAUGGUUCUGUACAUUUUGAGGGAAAGGAUUUGAAAAGUGGCUCCACAGAGGCUUCAAAAGAAGACAGUAAAGAGCAAGUCUUUGUUGCUGUGAAGGACUCCAGUGUUGCAGUUUCACAGACACAGGAGACUUCCCAAGGGAUUUCUGAAAACACAAUGAUAAAAAUGUUAACAUCUCACAUAAAAGAGAUCCUGCUUUAUUUUCUACCUGAAUGUGAGCUUUCAGUAGAACAACUUAUGUGUAUGUCCACUGAAGAUAUUUUAGUUAUGUUCAAGCUGAAAGAUGGUUCUGAGCAGAACAAGAAUGUAACUUUAUAUAUCGACCAGUAUCUUUCACAAUAUGAAGGACGAUUUGCUGAAAAAAUCCAGUCUGUAAAUCAAUGUGCCCUUCAAAUUGCCCACGCCAUUGAAGGGAAGAUUGCUUUGUGUGAGUUACAAAUAAAGGAUGAACAAGAAAAACUUGAACAUCUCUGGGGGAAACUAGCAAAAUUGCUGCUGAAAAUUGACCGACAUCCUCUUAUAAAUAACCUGGAAGACAUUGAUAGCUACCUGGAAGAGUUUCUGCUCCAAGAAAAUCUAAGUACAUUUGCCAUUGUGAACACCUGCACCACUGAAGCAAGCAUAUCUGCACGGCUGGGUGAAGAAAGCGAAACAUCUUUUAACACUAUGUAAUGCAUAUGUAAAAAUAUAAUGGGCAGGACACAAUCCACCCCAAAAAUCUCCUUCAGAAGUCUUAAACUCUGUAGUGGAGGAGCUUGCAAUGGGUAGAAUGUCGUCAUGUACAUUUUCUUUUCUUUUCUUCAUUUUUCUUUCACUUAUUUAUUUAUUUUGACUACCAUGUUUUGGUUAUACUAGGAGUAAUCUCACAAGCAGUGUGCAGCAUUCAGUCACAUAAAUGGAACGUUCACAUGGCCCACUGAAAUGCACAGAGCUGGUUCAACAGAAGUGCUUGUUGAAACCAUGCAAGUAUUCCCACAGAUUUGUGGAGGUACUGAACAUUUAUGUUGGAGUCUUUUAAAUGUCAUUUCUCUUUGUUUGGAAGUAUUAACCCCACUAGUCACAUGGUUGCUUGUAGCAAUAUUAAUACUGUCAUGGUGUGUUUUUUUAGUGAAAAUGAAAGCUUUUCAUUUUAAGAUAUUGUUGAUAACAAAUUAUCUUGCAUAAUAAAAGAAGAUAAUUUGCAGUUUC